UUUACUUGAGCCGCUGCUUUGCCGCCUGCUGUACUGGCACUUUGAUGAAAUAGCUUAUCAGUUCCUGGGAGAGGAGGUGGGCGUAACUCAAAUUUUGUCAGACUCUGCUAUCUGGCUGCUGAGGGUGGACUUCACGAUGGAGUUUCCGCGUCCUCUCAUGCCUAAUGUGGUAUUAGUCGGUGGCAUCAACUGUAAUGUGAAGAAUCCUCUGCCUGAGGAUUUGGAGCCCUGGGUGUCAGGAGAACAUGGAUUUGUGGUAUUCACUCUGGGCUCCAUGGUGUCAGAUCUAUCAGAAGAAACAACCUCCGUCUUCCUAGAGGCCUUCAGACAGAUUCCACAGAAGGUGAUAUGGAGAUAUUCUGGACAGGUUCCUGACAAUGCCCCAGAAAAUGUGAAGAUGAUGAAAUGGGUGCCUCAAAAUGAGCUGCUAGCACAUCCUGGAGCUCGAGCUUUCAUCACUCACUCUGGUUCACAUGGUAUCUUUGAGGGACUGUGUCACGCUGUUCCCAUGGUGAUGGUGCCACUUGCUGGUGACCAGCAAGACAAUGCACAGAGGAUGGCGAGCAGGGGAGCAGGAGUCAUCUUGGAUAUUUUUUCUAUCACUACAGAAAAGCUCCUCUGGGGAUUGAAUGAGGUCAUCAAUGACACUAGAUAUAAAGAGAGAGUUCAGAAGCUGUCAGCUCUCCAUAAAGACCGGCCAAUCGACCCACUCGACCUCUCAGUGUUCUGGACAGAAUUUGUGAUGCGCCACAAAGGGGCGAAGCAUCUUAAAUCUGCUGGACAGGACCUCAACUGGCUGCAGUACUUUUGCCUGGAUGUUUUAGCACUACUGGCUACUGCAGUGUUGGUUUUUCUAAUGCUAACAGUAAAAUGCUUGAAACUGUGCUUCCGGAAACUGAGCAGGAAGAGGAAGCAGGACUAAACUACUAGUAGUGGUAGACUGAUUGACUGAUUAAUCUGACCAAUAUUUGGCACUUUCAGAUAACUGGCAUCGGCCGAUGUCAUGCUUACAAGGCUGAUUAACAAACACAUCUGCAGGUAGCCUUGUUCAGUGUUUUCUAAAUUACAUGUGGACAUGUUUUUGAAUUUAAAAUAAUGGGAGUGCAGAAUGUAGCAGCAG